AUGGAUUCAUCUUAUACUCAACAACCUUUCAUUCGAUCAUCACUUCCGAUGUCCACAAUUUCAUAUGGAAAUAACGCUGGUUAUUACGUACAACAACCACCAUAUCCAAGCCGUCCGAUAUUCAAUGCUCCUUCGACAAAUCACAAUCAACCAACAUCAUUCUACCCUUUUCAACAACCAAAUCAACCAAAUCAUUCACCACGAAUUCCAUUUGCUCCUGCAGGCAGUUUUCCACAACAAUCAUCAGUUGCAUCACACUGGAAUACUCAACAAAUCACUUACCAACAACCAUAUGGUUCCCCUUACCCCUAUUUUGAUUCAACAACUUGUUUACAGUCAGAUUUAUCUACGCCGAUAGUUUAUCCAUCACAACCAAGAUCUAGCCAGAAUCGACAAAGGAACGUUUUGCCUAUCAAGGAUCCAGUAUCGAAGAAGAUUAUCAAUUUUGGAGAUGAACAAUUUCCUCAUUCGAUUUCAUCAAACAAGUCAUCAUCUGUUAAUUCAACAUUGAAAUUACAGAUAGCCUCAAAAUAUACAUCCGACAUUCCACAGAAGUUCGUCGAGGACACAACUUUUAGCAAAAAUAUAGAGCAAGAAUGUCAAGAAUCAAAACCUUCUUCAUUAUCAGAACAUUCAACAUCUACAUUACCAACAGUAUUUGACAAUAAAUCCCUAUCAAUCAAUUUAGAUCUAUCAGAAUCUCAAAUUUCAAAUGUUUCUGAAAACAAAGAACAACUGAAAGAUGAGGUCGACAAUAUCCAAAAUGGAAAAGACCUUGUAGCUACACCAGAGAAGGACACAGAUAUUGAAGAAGGAACCAAUUUGUCUGAUAGCCUGGAACCUCAUGAACAGUCAGAUACAGAAUCAACGACAACGUGUGAAAGUAAAACUUCAUCAGGUGCGCAUAGUGAUACAAUAGUGACUAGUGAAAAUAAUUUCUUCAUCGAAACGACCUAUUCUUCAAAUAAUGACAUCCCAUGUGAAUCAAAUUCGUCCAAUCCUGUAUCUAUCUCGGAACAAAGUCAGCCAAAGAUCGAAUCAACUUUAUCUACUUCAAAUAUAUCGAUUUCCGGUUCAAAUUUUCAAUACACUCGACAAAAACUACUCGCAUUACGUGCACAUCGAUUAUCAAAAAUUCGACCGGCCAGUUUGCCGAAUAUUCCAACGAUCGUUUUAGCUAAACCAAAUUCUCCAAUUAAAACCGAUAGUGAAGUGAAUGAACAAGUUCUUCGCGAUGUUCGACUUAUUUUAAAUAAGAUUACACCUGAUACUUAUGAAAGAUUAUUGAAAAAACUCGAAUCACUCGACAUAUGCAAUCAUACUCGAUUGGAAGGCAUGAUCAAUAUUUUCUUCACUAAGGCCAUCGAAGAUAUUGCCUUUUGUCAUAUUUAUGCUGACUUAUGCAAAUAUUUUCAAAAGAAACAAGUGACUGUAUCCGAUGAGAAUGAUGUAAUGAAGACGUAUGUUUUUCAAAAACUUUUAUUACAACGAUGUCAACAGGAGUUUGAGAAUGACUAUCGACAAGAGAUUGAAUAUGAUCGACGCAAAGCAGAAAUUGAUCAAAUUGUCGAUGAUGAAAUAAAGAAGAAAGAAGCAAUUGAAAAUUUAGAUGAAGAUCUUGCUCGAGCUAAACGAAAAAAAUUCGGCAAUAUUGUUUUCAUCGGUGAAUUAUUCAAAGUACAAAUGCUUACCGAUUCAAUCAUGUACCAGUGUGUUGAUUAUUUAUUGAAUGAACAUGACGAUGAAGAAAGUCUCGAUUGUCUCUGUCGUCUUUUACGCUCCGUUGGUGGAGCACUCGAGAUUAAUGCAAACAAAAACGCUAAUACAAAGAAAACUUUACUUACACAUUAUCGUAAAUUAGAAAAUAUCACUCGACAAUCGCAUAUAUCAGCACGAAUCCGUUUUGCCAUUCAAGAUAUAAUGGAUAUGCGAAAAAAUGGUUGGAUCGCUCGUCGACCACAAGAAAAACCGAAGAAAAUCGAACAACUUCAUGAAGAAGAACGACUGAAAGAAGAACAACGAGAACGCAAUGAAGCGAAAAAAACUGGAUACGGUAGUCAUUAUCCGCAACCGUACAAAGGUUCAUACCGUAGUCAGGAACAGCCUACUAUUAAGAAGUCGGAAUCGAAUCAUUCUGAUCAACGAUUCAUCGUUGAAUCAUUACGACGAUUGCAAGCAGAUGAGAAACAGUACCAAGGAUCGACAAGUCUCAAAUUUGCACCGAUGGGUGGUUUGAAGAAGUGGUCAACUGUUGAGAAGAAGACAGUUAAGAAUGACCAGUCGAUCACAAAUCGUAACACUACUGAACAAACAACCAUUUCAACAUCUCCAUCAUUAUCAUCAGACGAAGUUGAAAAUGAGAAAACGAUAUUAUUUGACGAAGAAAAGAUUCUUGAACGUGUUCGUUCACUUGUUAAAGAAUACACCGAAAAUUAUUCCAUUCGAAGUGAUAUACCAAUUCGAGAUGCAAUCGAUGAUUUCAUUGAUUUUUGUACAUCGGAUGUUAAAGAACAAGCAUUGAUCGUUCAAGAACUUAUGACAAGUGUGUUCGAAUCAAAAGCAUUGGCACGUGUAGCCAUCGGACGAUUGCUUGAUGCAGUCAUUCAUGAGAAAAUUCUAUCUAAUGAAGGAUUUCUAUCUGGAUUUCAAUCGGUUGUCGAUUUUGCUCCUGAUUUAGCCAUUGACAUUCCUCGUAUUUGGCAAUAUAUCGGCGAAAUAAUUGGUCCGUUUCUAAUUGGUACAUCAUCAUCAUCUCGUAUUGAUUUGCUCACAGCCAUUUUUCAAAAGAUUCCGGAUACAAAAUCGAAACAAAUGUUUGAAUAUAUCAUGCGAUAUGCUGUGGACUUUUCAUCGAAAGAACAUGUUCGAGAAUUGUGGCAAUCGUCGACUCUCACAUUUGAGAAAAUUCUUAAAGUAGAUCUGAUCGAUUCUGCAUUUGUUCGUGAAUUUGAAUGGCUAAUCAAUAGUUCAUCAGCUCGUUCUGAUCCUGAACUCGUCAAACUAUUCAAAAAUAUCAAUAGUCAAGACUCAGAUAUCAUUGCUUAUAUUAAUCAUCAUUUCAAUUUAUCGGAAAAAUUCUCCAUUCGUACAAUUUUUUUCUCCUAUCUCCAGUCAUGUUUAAUCGGUCAAGAUCAAGAGAAACGAAUUCAAGAAGAUAUUGCUCGAAGUCAUAUUGGAGUGCUUAAAGCAGUUAUUAACGAUAGUCCGGAUAUUGAAAUUCAAGCUAUCUAUGCCAUUCAACAUUUUGUUCAUCAACUUGAUCAUCCACCGAAAAUGGCUGCAUUUUUCUUCGAUAUUUUCUAUGAUGAAGAAUGUGUUAGUGAAGAUAGGUUUUUCCAAUGGUACGAGUGUCCAGAUCCGUUGGAGAUGGAAGGAUAUGCAAAUGUGGUGAACUCAACGACGAAUUUUUUUAACUGGUUAAAACAAACGGAUGAACAGGAAACAUUUCCAUGA